GAGCAAAAAAAGCCCGCGAACAUUUCCCGCCACCAAAACAAAGACACUCUCCUUUCAUUUCCCCAACUAUACUCAUAGAAACCUUCUUCCCUGUUUUUCUUGUGGAACCCUAAUUUAAUACUAGCUCCAAUGGAUGAAAACUUCGACGCCCUCAAUCAUAAACUCCCCGAGCUCAAAUUAGACUCUAAGCAAGCACAAGGGUUUCUGUCAUUUUUCAAAACCCUAUCGGAUGACCCGAGGGCCAUUAGGUUUUUUGAUCGUCGGGAUUACUAUACUGCCCAUGGUGAGAAUGCAACAUUCAUUGCCAAAACCUACUAUCACACUACUACUGCUUUGAGACAGUUGGGUAGUGGAUCAAAUGCUCUUUCCAGUGUAAGUGUCAGUAGGAACAUGUUUGAAACAAUUGCCCGUGAUCUACUUUUAGAGAGAACAGACCAUACACUUGAGGUCUAUGAGGGCAGCGGCUCUAACUGGAGAUUGGUCAAAAGUGGUACACCUGGUAACAUCGGCAAUUUUGAAGAUGUUUUAUUUGCUAACAGUGAAAUGCAAGAUUCUCCAGUUGUUGUUGCCCUGUCACUUAACUUCUGUGAAAAUGGGUGCACCAUUGGAUUAGGAUUUCUUGAUCUAACUAAGAGACUACUUGGGAUGGCUGAAUUCCUUGAUGACAGUCAUUUCACAAAUGUGGAGUCAGCAUUGGUUGCUCUUGGUUGCAAAGAAUGCCUUGUGCCUAUUGAGCGUGCAAAAUCUAUUGAAUAUAGAAUGUUGUGUGACGUGUUGACUAAAUGUGGUGUGAUGCUAACUGAGAGAAAGAAAUCUGAGUUUAAGACUAGAGAUCUGGUACAAGAUCUUGGCAGGCUUGUCAAAGGUUCUAUUGAAGCAGUUCAAGAUUUAGUGUCUGGAUUUGAAUUUGCACCCGGUGCUCUGGGGGCACUGCUAUCUUAUGCAGAGUUACUGGCAGACGAAAGCAAUUAUGAAAAUUAUAGUCUGCGUAGGUACAAUCUUGACAGUUACAUGAGGUUGGAUUCUGCAGCCAUGAGGGCACUUAAUGUCAUGGAAAGCAAAACUGAUGCAAACAAAAACUUCAGUUUGUUUGGUCUCAUGAAUAGGACCUGUACAGCUGGAAUGGGAAAGCGGUUAUUGCACAUGUGGCUAAAACAGCCAUUAUUAGAUGUAGAAGAAAUUAACUCCAGGUUGGAUGUAGUACAGGCAUUUGUAGAGGACACUGUGCUUCGCCAAGAUCUGAGGCAGCAUCUAAAAAGAAUAUCAGACAUUGAGCGUUUGGUGCACAAUCUUCAGAAGCGAAGAGCUGGUCUGCAACAUGUUGUCAAACUUUAUCAGUCAAGUAUACGACUGCCUUACAUUAAAAGUGCUAUAGACAGGUAUGAUGGACAAUUUUCCUCAAUGAUGAAGUCCAGGUAUUUGAAGGAUUUGGAGUUAUGGACCGGUGUCGAUCGCCUUCAUAAAUUUAUUGAGCUUGUAGAAACUUCUGUUGACCUUGAUCAUCUGGAGAAUGGGGAAUACAUGAUUUCCUCAAGUUAUGACUCUAAACUAACUGAACUGAAGGAGCAGCAAGAAUCACUAGAGAGCCAAAUACAUAACUUGCACAGACAAACUGCUGAUGAUCUUGAUCUGCCUAUGGAUAAGGCAUUAAAGUUGGAUAAGGGCACACAAUUUGGACAUGUUUUCAGAAUCACAAAGAAGGAAGAGCCGAAAAUAAGGAAGAAGCUCAACACCCAGUUUAUUGUACUGGAAACCCGUAAAGAUGGAGUGAAGUUUACCAACACAAAACUCAAAAAACUGGGGGACAGAUACCAACAAAUUAUUGAGGAGUACAAGAGCUGUCAAAAAGAGUUGGUUAAUAAAGUAGUUGAAAUUGCAGCAACUUUCUCCGAGGUGUUCGAAUCUUUAGCUGAAUUAAUUUCCGAAUUGGAUGUGUUACUUAGUUUUGCUGAUUUGGCUUCUAGUUGUCCUACUCCGUAUACAAGGCCUGACAUCACCUCAUCGGACAAAGGAGAUAUUAUUUUAGAAGGUAGCAGACACCCUUGUGUUGAGGCACAAGACUGGGUGAAUUUUAUACCAAAUGAUUGUAAGCUUAUCAGAGGAAAAAGUUGGUUUCAAAUAAUAACAGGGCCUAACAUGGGCGGGAAAUCAACAUUCAUCCGGCAGGUGGGCGUGAAUAUUUUGAUGGCACAAAUUGGUUCGUUUGUUCCAUGCGACAAAGCCAGCAUAUCUGUUCGUGAUUGCAUUUUUGCUCGUGUUGGUGCAGGUGACUGCCAACUUCGUGGAGUUUCUACCUUUAUGCAAGAAAUGCUUGAAACUGCGUCAAUAUUAAAAGGAGCUACUGACAAGUCCUUGAUAAUCAUUGAUGAGUUGGGACGUGGGACAUCAACUUACGAUGGAUUUGGCCUAGCUUGGGCAAUUUGUGAGCACAUUGUUGAAGUGAUCAAAGCACCUACUUUAUUUGCAACCCACUUUCAUGAGCUGACUGCAUUAGCCCUUGAAAAUGGUAGCAAUGAUCCACAUAAGCAAAUUGUUGGUGUGGCAAAUUAUCAUGUUAGUGCACAUAUUGAUGCAUCAACCCGCAAGCUAACUAUGCUAUACAAGGUUGAACCAGGAGCUUGUGAUCAGAGUUUUGGUAUUCAUGUCGCUGAGUUUGCAAACUUCCCUGAAAGUGUUGUCGCCCUAGCUAGAGAAAAGGCAGCAGAGUUGGAAGAUUUUUCUCCCUCUGCGAUAUCCUUAAUUGACUCUACGGAAGAGGAAGGUUCUAAACGUAAGAGAGAAUUUGAACCUGAUGAUGUGUCUCAAGGGGCUGCAAAGGCUCGCCAAAUUCUUGAAGCGUUUGUUGCUUUGCCACUAGAAACCAUGGACAAAAAGCAAGCUUUGCAAGAAGUUAAGAAGUUGAAAGAUAAUUUAGAGAAGGAUGCACAAAACUGUCAUUGGUUGCAGAAAUUCUUGUAGUUGAAAAAAAGGGUUUGUUGGUAGGGUGCCCAUGCAUGUCACGUGACAUGAAUUUUGAGAGCUCGAUGCACACCAAUACUACCAUAUGUCUAAUAGGUUGUGAUAAAAGUAGAAUUGUUUUGUUUUUUUAAUGGGCAAUUGUUAUAGUUAAGUGUUAAAGAGAGAUUUGUUGGUAGGAGAGAUCUAGCUUUGGAAUGACUUCUUCGAUGUCCUAACUCAUACAGUUGAUCUUCUCCAUCGUGAACGACAUCAAAGUUCAAAGUAGAAUUGCGCUGUGGCUUUUUGUGCAGACUGUUGGGGAGAUUAAGGUCUUUGGAAUAUCCCAUUCCCAGUCAGAUAAGAGAUGUAUAUUCUAAUCUAACUUGCUUUUUAUUAGUUUUAAAUUAAAUUGUCUACGAACAUGUUGGAAACCUUGUUGUGUUGCAUCCUGUGACCCCGUGGAGUGGACAAUCUAUAUAACUGCUAUUGACAAGUUUUUAUAAUACUUUCCUAUGUUGUCCAGAACAUAGAAAUUAUAAACUUUUACCUUAA